GUCCAUUACUGUUGAUAUGUAUAUCAGGGCAAUAUGGAUAUUGUGGGGCUUGAAUGAAAGGAAAACUCCACCCUGAAACACAUUAAAUAUGUUUAUAUUGACAUUUUUGUGAUGUACUUAGUGAUUCCGGUGAUAAUUUGUUGUAUUAGUUGGUGCGUUUUUAUAUUAUUCCUGUGAGAAGUUAAUGUUUCUGUGCCAUACUGCCAUUAGAAUGGUAUUUAAUAGGAGAAAAAAAUUUCACUGAUCUCAAAUAUAAGUGAUAAUGCUCAAGUUUUGUGCUUUGCUCCUAAAAAACAACAGAGCAAGGGCUUCUUUUCUCACUCACCAUUUUCCAGCAAUGUUCAACAUCGUAAUAAUGAGAAAUCCAAUACAGAUUAGAAGAGAAAACAAACUUUGAGCUCGAAGUCCCAGAAUGCAGUGCAGCUAUACAAAGCAGCUGCAUUGAGUUAAGGCUUAGAUAAUUAGCAAUCUAAGAGAUAACGAUGGUAUGGCACUAAAGUUGAAGCUAUGGAAUUUUAUCUGUUGGAACAAAGUGAACAGAUGUGGAGUCCAGAGCAGAUCUGCAGACGAACUCGUGGUCUCACAGGUAAAAGCUAAGGAAUUCCUGUCAGCUCCCCGGAGACCUCGGAGAAACCUGUGGGACCGCAGCCGUCCAGACGUGCAGCAGUGGAUCCAGCAGUUCAUGCACAUGGGUUACGAUGAGGCUAGGCUUGAGACAGAUCUCGCUUACUGGAUGGACCAUGCCAAAGCUAACGAUCAGGGUCGGCAGCAUCACUACGAUGAGAGCGCUGCAAUGGGACCGCGGGAUGCCAGCGCCUUCAGACAUGGAGCCAAUGUCAACUAUGAUUAUUAUUAAUCAUAAUCUCCUGAUUAAUAAAUGAGUAGUUCUCUUUAUAUUUUUUUGUCUUCUUAAUAGGCACAGCGAAUAAAUCUAUGCCUUCUUCUAUAGGUCAUUGUCUAGUGAUGCACAUUACAAUUGUGUCCAUUUUGAUAGUGGGACUUUUUUAAAUCAAUUUUUUUUUAAAAAGUAAAUACUAAAGUUUUAAUAAAGAAAUUGCAUCCACAA